GUUAUUCUGUGGGAAAGCAGGCUGCGGCUGUCAACAGAGACACAUUUUUGUGUGAGAGAAGAAUAUAUCCAUGGUUUGGUGCGUCUGUACAGAUCAUGAUGUGAAGCACAGCAGGUUGUUUAUGCAAGUGUCCACAAGAGGGAUGGCGACCAAACGAUUGAGUAGAUGGAGUUUUGGAUUCUGGAGCCAUCUGGAUUAUGUGUUUUUCCUGGUCCUGUUCCUGCUGUGCCUUCCAGUAACAUCAAGUACAAAUGCCACAACAGUUGGGUUUUCAGCCAUCACAACACCUACAGGACUCCCAAAUUCAACAACAGUCACAGGAGCAACCACAGCUAACAUUACCAAAAUGCAUUCAUCUACAACCGAAGGUCACAGUAGCUCAUCAACACUGCCAUUAAGAACAAGCCAUGUUACUGUGCCAAAUACAACAACAAUGGUGGAAACCACAGCCACAUCUUCUAACAUAAGCACAACGAUCCCAGCAACAACAUUUACGAUGGAAUUACAUAGCACUGAUAAUCGAACUGUGGAAACCACACCAUACACAUCCACUGAAAACACGACUUCUUUUGAAACAACUGCAAACUUCACAACAUUUACAGCAACAACCGAACCAUCAUCCUCCGCCAAUAUAACUGAUGCGACACCACUGCUGACAACCAUUAACCAAACUUUAACACCAUCUGUGUUUUACUGGAUGACUAUAUCCUAUGAGGUAACAGUAGGACACCAAAGUGAACAAAAUCUCAAAACAAUGUUUGAGUGGUUGUUCAAAGGCAACCUAGAUGCAUGUGCAGUUUCCAGUGAGACUGGUACUGUGGAGCCUUCUGUGGUGUCACAAUCAGACAGCAUAUCUGACGACGGGAUUUAUAAUGUGCUCACCAGUUCAGAAACAAAGAAAACGGGCCUGUUUGAAGCCAUGGAAUUCACAUGUGAACCAAAAAAUAUUACAAAGAAUGCACAAUGCAAUAUUCUUCUGAAGCUGAGUGCUCCUGUCAGUGUUUGCUGCAUUAGAGACAUAAUGAAACUGACAGUGACACUGGAAAGUGUCGUUGUGGUGGGACAAAUAGAAAGAGUGGGUGUGUGUGCGGAUAACAUAACACAGUUCUCAGCUGGACAAUAUGACAAAUGCAAUGAGACAGUCAAAGUGACUGAAGAUGUAUGUAGUGCAAAACCACAGAACAUCUCGUGUGGAAACAGUACAAAUGUGAUUUUUCCGUUGGAUACUGGUGUUCAGGAGAUCUGUCCCACUAGGCCACCACCGCAAACAUGUAAUUGUUCCUCACACUGCAAUAACUCAGAUUUCUACUAUUACCAUUUUAACAUUGCUUCGUCCACUGAAAUUGUAUACGCGAGAUACGAGUUUUCUGACUACUCGGAACGCCAGUACGUAAGUAUCAAGGUUUAUCAGUUGUUGAAUGCAGCAUGCAGCAACAUUUCAUCUGCAUGUAACAUGUUCAGAAAUCACAUUCAGGACGUAGGUGUGAGUGAUCGCAUAGAAAGCACUUGUCAAGUUAUAGUGAAACUAGACAGAGCAAUGGACCUGUGUGAUGUUCGCACAGCUGUAGAGGCCAUCUUUGAAUCUCAGAACAACUUCAUCUUCGACGGAGUUGUGAGCAGAGUAGCUAUCUGCUCUUAUUCUUCGGAUCCUUUAAGAGAGUAUUUCAUGUGGAAGCCAUCUUUGAGUACAAAUUUCAGUUCUGAAGGCUUCUGCAUGGAGUCAAACAGAGAAAACUUGUUGACAGAUUACUGCUUAACAGGAUUGGAAGAAAGUAUGGCAAGUAUAGUCAUUCCCCUGAAUGGCAGCUGUAAUUCAUCUACACCCACGUUCCAAAACAUUACCACAACCUCUCCAUCUUUCACAAGUACCUCGCUCUCGAACACAACCACCGUCAACGCUACAGUCUCCACAACAGAGUCCAACUCUGUGAAUGUAACAACUUCACCUGCUAAUGUAACAGCCUCAGUGUCCACGACCACGUCAGGGGCAUUAGAUGCUGAAGGACUGUUGAAGUUGAGUGCAAAUGCCUCGUCUUUAAACGCCACUCAGGUGGAGCAGAUCUUAUCACAGCUAGAGUCACUCCUCUCUGGGCCCAACAUCAGCCUGGCUCUGGCAAACACCUCCGUCAAUAUUGUCAACAACCUCCUCGAUGUUCCUGUAGCUGUAAUGACUCCUUUCUCAAAGAGGGCCAUUGGGAUUGUGGACACAGUGGGUCUUAAACUGGUUGUGUCAGGGACUAGUCAGUCAAUACUUUCACAAUCACUGGCUCUGGCAGUGAAGAAAGUCGAUGGGACCAACUUUCAGGAGACGUCCUUCUCGUUAAUCGAAACAUCUAGCGUACAGAUUCGAGGUUACCCCAGCCUGGAGACUGAAGACAUCAUGGUUCAGGUUCGGUCCACUCCUCUGGGUUCAGUCAUCCUCCCAGCAUCCCUCACACAGAACCUCACGACAGAACAGCAGCAGCUCGCCUCCAGAGUCCAGUUCAACUUCUUCCAGAAGAGCACCUUCUUCCAGGACAAAAACCUGAAUGGACGUAAACUAAACAGCGGGAUUGUGGGUAGCAGCGUGGCUAACCUGAGCAUCUCUGGCCUACAAAAGGAAGUGCUGAUAACCCUGCGAAACACAAGGCCCAUUCUGGCUAACUAUGUAGCUUCCUGUGUAUUCUGGGACUUUGGAUUAAAUGGUGGCUCAGGCGGCUGGAAUUCUUCUGGGUGCCAUGUGCUUAAUUCUUCUGCUGAAGAAACUCAAUGCGCCUGCAAUCACCUUACCAGCUUUGGUAUUCUGCUAGACAUUUCUAAGACUGUCAUCCCUGAAGAUCAUCUCAACAUCCUGACAUUCAUUACAUUCAUUGGCUGUGGAAUCUCAGCUAUUUUCCUGUCUAUCACUCUGCUCACUUAUCUGGCCUUUGGUAAAUUGCGCAAAGACAUCCCGUCUAAGAUCCUUAUUCAGCUGUGUUUGGCCUUGCUGCUGCUAAACCUGGUGUUCCUAUUGGACGCCUGGCUGGCUCUGUACCCAGAUGCUGUGGGUCUUUGCAUCUCCACUGCUUUUUUCCUGCAUUAUUUCCUCCUGGCGUCUUUUACCUGGAUGGCACUGGAGGCCGUCCACAUGUAUCUGGCCCUCGUCAAGGUGUUCAACACCUACAUCCCCCGCUUUAUGGUCAAGAUAGGACUUGCUGGAUGGGGCAUUCCUCUCGUCGUAGUCAUAAUUGUCAUAGCCGUUAACAAAGACAACUAUGGCCUUGUGACAUACGGGAGAUAUGGAAACGGAGCGACUGAUGAUUUUUGCUGGAUAAAAAACGACAUUGUCUUCUAUGUUGCUGUGGUGGCGUACUUCUGUCUUGUCUUCCUGCUGAACUUCACCAUGUUUAUCGUGGUGAUGGUCCAGCUGUGUCGCAUCAAGCAGCAGAACCCUCACAACGUGCAGAAUCGCAGCGGCUGGCAGGAGAUGCGCAGUGUAGCUGGACUCACAGUGCUUCUGGGCCUCACCUGGGGCUUCGCUUUCUUUGCCUGGGGUCCUGUUAACCUGGCCUUCAUGUACCUGUUUGCUAUUUUUAACGCUUUACAAGGAUUCUUCAUCUUUGUGUUUCAUUGUGCCAUGAAAGAAAACGUCAGACGACAAUGGAGGACAUACCUGUGUUGUGGCAGCCUGAGACUGGCAGAAAACUCAGAAUGGAGUCGCACAGCAACUCAAAAGAUAAAGAAAGCCUCCAAGAAAAGAAUGUUUUCAUUCCGCUCGUCGAAUUCUAACAAUUCUAGCUCAUCUUUCCUGAACCAUGACAGCUUGGCAUCUGAUAUGCCCAUAGACGUCAGCAACCCGAUGGACGACAGGAUAAUAACUGCAGCAGAAGAGCCCAGCUCAGGUUCUGACGUGGUAUUGAACGAGAUCAACGACCAGUACCGAGGUCAAAGGUCAUAAAGAAUAAACUGAUCACAGCCGGAAUGAGUGUUUGUGCAUGUAUGCGUGUACUAUGUUCUAAUGAGUCACUGUAUUUCACUGGUAUUUUAAAUUUACAUAAAGUAUUGCGUGUUGUAUAUUCAACAGAAAUAUUACUUAAAAUGAAGCACUCUAAUUAAUGCAA